AUGUCAGGACAACCCACCAUCCAACCCACCGAGCCAACCCGCGAAGACCCAACAGAGACCGAAGAAACAUGGGACGCAGAUGACGAACAAUCCGACGACGAAGGUUCGUUUGACCCCUUCGAAAACUUCAGCUCGAUAUUGAUUGAUCUCCCAGAACCCAAAUGGUUUUUCAACUUCCACGUUUCCCGCGACUCACAACCCACACUCGGCACAGACGGUAUGUCAGAUGGCUGGAUAAACAAACCAUACUUUCUUUGGGAAUUGUGCGCUAUCCUCGCAGCAGCUGGAACCGACAAGGAGUGGACAGAGAAAUUCGAACAAUGGAAGCCCACCUGGCUUCUUGCUCGGGAACAGAUGCGAACUUAUGGAUGUUCACACUUUUCGUCGGAAUUCCCUCUGGCUCCGAUUGGUCUUGCUCUGAUUAGGUUUCCUGAGGAUGGUCGGGAGUUUGAGAUUGACCAGGGUGAUGAUCUUGGUGAUUUUGAGGAUGGAUCCGAUGUGUGGGCUCUGUGGCGAUAUCUUGUUGAAAUGCCUGUUGGGAAGGAUAAUAUGUUCGAGGUCACGCUUGUAGAAGAGGUUUAA